AUGGAUCGGGCCGGUUCGAGCAAAAAUCCAGAUGACCCUGGAAGGGCGUUCGAUGAGAAUCAGGCGAAGAAGGUGCCAGAUGAGACGCCGCCGAGAAAAAGGGAGAGAAAGAAUGAAGAUGAUAUUCCGGAAGAUUCGGAUGACGAAGACAAUCGAGCAGACAUUGGCGGAUCAAGAAACUAUCCAACGGCAUUAUGGAAUAGACUGAAGAAUCCACCCAACAAUAGACCAACUAUCGAUGUGUGGGAAUUCAAAAUGGACGGAGAAGUGGUCACGAUGACGUUUACAUGUGAUGGAGAGAAGUAUCCAAUGUAUUUCACACCGAGAAGUGCUAUUGACUACCAAAUGCGUUCCGGCUACUGGAUUCCCCGUCACAAUCCAAUGUUCGCCGCGUUGAGAACUCGAAUCUAUUCACUUCCAAAGAAUACAACAUUCAAUCGACUUGUUUUCUCUAACACUCCUGAAUGCGAGGCCGAAGAUUGUCUUAUCGAAUUCAUGUUUAUCAAAAAAUGGACGUGUAAACAGUUGGAAUACACUAUUUGUACGGAAUUCAAUCAACCUCAACACCUUCGUAAACUCGUCCAUAUGUUUAAACCAAUGGAUAUUACUGUAACUCUUAACUUUGGUCCAUACAGCCCACCGAAUCAUCCGAAUCACGGAGAAGUCGCUGUUCACAAUCAUUUGGCCGCUUGUUUCGAUACAACUGUCGAAUUGGAAAAAGAUUUCCGUGUGGAUUGUGCGAAUGCGUUGAAUGAACAACAAAAGAAGGAAUUACAACAUUUAUAUGGAGAGGCGGGUCGUGGAAAAGCAUUCGGAGUUCAAAUGCUUCGAACACUCACUGCACUUCGGAAGUUCGUUGUGAUGAUGGCCGAUAAGAAAAUGGCACAGACGAAGGGAUUGAGCGUCAGAAAAUUCAUUGUCAAUGGUCCAACUCAUGACAAAUUGUGUCCAAAACUGCAAAUGCUAUUCAAAGACGAAGGAAUGGAAGAGGGAAAUAAAAAACGAAUCGCCUAUGCGAAUGGAGAUAAGAUAUUUGUGUGUGUUCGAAGUGAGAUGCGUCGUGCUUAUAAAUAUACGUUGGCAAUGCCUGCGACCGCAUUCAAAAUGCACAUUGGAAACGAUCAGCUGCUCACUUUCACCAAAACAGUCGGAACUUUUCAUUGUCUUUUCCGAACGAAUGUCGACGAGAGAGGAGUUGUUCAGUUGAUAUCGGAAUGGCAACGUGGCGAUCGCUCAUUCGACGACGUUCAACUCCAUUUGGAUAAAGUGAUCGAAACGAAUUUCGUUGAUCAUUUGGGGGCGGAUCAUCAGGAUCCGAAACGAAUUAAAAUUCGACGAGUGAUGAACGGCAAAAAGCUGACAAUGUACAUCGAACGUGAACGUCUCGCCACUCGUCAUCUCUCUCUUCGUGUCAUUGAGACGAAAUAA